UUUAGUUUUGCAAGGAAACAAUUCAGCCUCCUCGUCUUUCCCUGGAGAUUGGCUUUGAUGCUGUGGUAAGGCUCCCUAUCUUCUCUCCUCCUCCCUUGCUCAUCCUCGUUCUCCGGAGACCUGCACUUGUAGCCUAUUGCAUGUUCGACUGCAGACAGUCUCGGAGAAAUGUUUGAUCACAACACACACACGUUCCACAGCGAUAACCAACAUGACUGCAAACAGCCUCUCUGCCCGCCAGCCCCCAAUACGCCUGGAUUUCAGCUGCUCUGAAUGGGCUCUGGACCUCUUCCAGGGAUUCCGGCUCUUCCACGCUCAGUUUUAAUCUUGUGAUGCUUAUUGAACAACUGUUGGGGACUUCGUAUGCGUUAUUCGUGCAAGAUUUCUGGAAUUCCGCAAAGGAUGGAACAGUGCGGCGUGGGAAAUGGUAACUUGGGGGUCUUGUACGCUUACCGAUUUUAUGAGUCAAGUCGCCUGAGAAGUAGAGCUGAUUAUCUUCCAACUAAGGCUCUCCCUCUCGUUAUUCACCGAAUGAAUCAAUACGAAGUUCCGGAUCGGGGUUAAACUUUAUUCGCCAUCAACGAAAACUUCGCAAACGUUUCCCCAACAGUUCUCCCAAGGCAAUGUAGACGAAAGGAGUCGCACAUUUAUCAUUCCAAGAGAAAGCUUCAUCUCUAUUUAAUGGGUUAUUCUUGAAGACAGAAAAGAAGAGAAACAUUACUGAUUCCUCUCUUCAAAAGUAAAGGACCAAUUCUAUUCAAUGUUGAGGAGAAGGGCCGUGCCAUGGAUGUGAAAGAGAGGAAACCGUACCGAUCCCUAACCAGGAGGCGCGAUACUGAGCGCCGAUAUACGAGUUCCUCUGCCGAAAGUGAUGAAAGCAAGAUACCCCAAAAAUCUUACAGCUCCAGCGAGACUUUAAAAGCCUAUGACCAAGACUCCAGACUGUCCUACAGCAACCGAAUAAAGGAAAUGGUCCACCCAGAGGUCGAUGAGUUCUGCCGAUCUGGUGGCAGCUUUACAUUACAUGAACUGGGUCUUGGUGAAGUUACUCCUCCACACGGGACACUGUACCGGACCGAUAUUAGCUUGCCACAUUGUUAUUCAAUGUCUGGUGAUAACGAUGCAGACAAUGAAGCAGAUGGAGUAUUAUCUCCGGAGCACCCAGUCAGACUAUGGGCACGGAACACCAAGUCUGGCCGAAGCUCUUGUCUAUCUAGCAGAGCCAACUCAAACUUGACCCUCACGGACACCGAACAUGAGCACACAGAAAACGGUAAGUGACCAGUUCUAGGUCUAACAUUAUUCAGUCAGGUAUCCACCUUUACUUUUAUAACAAAUUUUAAAUCUGCAUUUGUAACUUGACAAAGGGUAAAUUUAGGUUUGGACAAGUGAAAGGCCAAAAUUAUAUAUAUAUAUUUUUUGUGGAACAAUCAUUAAGCAGUAUAAUGUCUCUUGAGCGUUGGUAACAAGAUGCUUUUUCAAAAUGUUGAGGUUUUCAGCUUUGAGUUCCGGCUGCAACUAUUUAAAAACUAGAAUAUUAUGGUCUGCCUAGUGGUUCUCCAUAACAUUUAAACCGAACUACGAGGAGUGAGGAAGGGAUAGAACUUUUAUCAGGCUUUAUAUUUGGACUAUCAAAACUUUUAAAACUUUCACUUGCUUUUUAUUCUGACUAUUCCCUUAGCUUGACUGCCAGGUCCUGACUCCCACCCUUCUGUCUUUGUAUCCCUGUUACCAUUUUGAAAGGAAAUAGCUCAUACUGUUUUUUUUUAGUCCCUAUCUCCUCAUUAGACAGGGCUGCCAGGCAUUUCCCAAACCAUUCUGGAACAUUUUGCAACAUUUGCUGAUCUGUAAUGCACCCUUUAUGGAGCCUUGUUGGGAUAACUAUUGAAAUAAUUGGGUUCAGAAAUUCCAAAAUUUGGAGGUUCGCAAAUUUUUUAGAACCAUCAAACUUUGCAGAAAUGUUCUCAUCUCUACUGCUGUCACUGGGACAGGAAGUGAGGUGAAAUCUCCCCAACAGGAUUAUGGGCAGUAAUAAAAUUUGAUAUAAUUAUUUACUUCCCCCCACCGCCUUCCCCCCAAAAAAUGGUUUUGACUGUAGUUAGGGUUUAACUACAUGUACAUAUAUGUGAUAUCCAAGGAUAAGGGAUGAGUACCCUGCUAAUGUCCUCAACUAGAGGGGGGAAACAGAAUCCAUGGUGGAAAUGCCACAAAAUGUUUUAUGUGAUAACACCAAUUGUAAUAUUA